GGAUCAUUGACAACUCGACAUUGAUUCCCAGUUUUUAUUUGAGUACCUUUUGGCCUAGUUAACGUGGCAGUAAAGUUAGAGACAAAUUUCAUUUCGAGAUGAUUCUCCCACUAUGCGUCGAAGAUUCUGAUUUUUUGGCCAUUUCGAAUUUCCUACUUAUUGUUCGCAUAAAAAUACAAGCUAGCUAUGUGCCAUUGAAAUACUAGGGAGCCAGGGCUGCCAUUGAAAUGCUUUUCUUGUGCUUUCAAAACUUUGGAAGCAAGUUUUACAUAAGUUCGGUUUACGACUUUUUCAUGGUUAAAUCUUCUUUUGUAGGUAGCAAAAUGGCUCCUAAAGGGAAUAAUAUGAUACCGAAUGCGCAUUUUCAUAAGGACUGGCAGAGUCGUGUGCGCACAUGGUUUAAUCAGCCAGCGCGAAAGGAACGUAGACGGCGUAAUCGGUACAAGAAAGGUCGACUGAUUGCACCUCGUCCCGUUGCGGGUUUGUUAAGACCGGCAGUACGUUGUCCUAGUGUUCGUUAUAACAAAAAGGUGAGACUGGGACGAGGAUUCACCUUGGAAGAGCUGAAGGCGGCUGGCAUCGGAAAACGAGAGGCUCGUACUAUUGGUAUUGCGGUAGAUUACAGGCGUACAAACCGGUCUUUGGAAUCCUUACAGCAAAAUGUUAAACGUUUAAAGGAAUACAAAUCGAAACUAAUAUUGUUCCCGAAGAAAUUAAACGCGCCCAAAAAAGGAGAUAGUAAUGCUGAUGAACUUAAGCUAGCUACACAAUUGCGUGGAGUCAUCCUUCCUGUCAAGCAGGUUGUUCGUCGAGAGAAGGCCCGUGCAGUGACUGAGGAGGAGAAGAAAUUCGAAGUAUAUUGUCAUUUACGACGACUCCGUGCCGACAAACGUUUGAAAGGUGCUCGAGAUAAAAAAGCUCGCGAGGUUGCCGAGGAAGGUAUUGGUGGUGGCAGACGAUAACUUGUUUUCUUUUUGAGGACAGUAAUUUGGUUAUAUUUUGCACUGUUUUUUGAUAAAUAUUAUUACUCUCCCUA